UUAUCACUUUGUUUGAUCCAAAUCAAUAUACAAACAAAUAAUUCAAUGAAGACAUUAAUUGAUAGACACAAAGAUUGGAUGAAAUGAUCACAUGUUAUUGAUAUUCAUUUAAUAUCUUCAAAUCACUGAUAAUUAAUCUGAUUAUACAUUCAUUAAUCAAUUGGUGACCAAAUUAGUUGAUAGGUUGAGAUAUGUCUUUACGGGUGCGGAUGUUGUCUAUCUUGGAUGUGGUGUUACGGGUGCCGCCCAUCUUCAUAAUGGAUACCAUUUUGAUCCACUGUUUGGGUCAAAUUGAACCCAUGUUUAAACAAAACCACAACAAUCAUCACAGCAAUCAUAACCACAACAAUAUGAUAACAAUGGAUGGUAUGUCUGGCGGCGAUCUUAAGAUGAAUUCAAAUGUCGUUCACCACAAUAUCGUUGGUCUUCAUAAUGAAAACAAUGUGAGCAACAACUGGAAAGUUAUGAUGACUUCCAUGAAUGGCAGUCCUUUGACAUCAACCGCUGUCGAUGAUGACGACGACACCAUUACUUUAAGUCUUAGCACUUCAUCUGUCUUCUGGAUUGUGCUCUACAUUCAUGCCUUUUUAAUGGCAUUCUCGCUGUUUUUGUUGUCCACUCGGCACUUACUGGCCAUUUAUGUUUGGUUGGCCUCAAUUGGUGUCAUUUUGUGGUCAUAUAUUUGCAAUGAAGAGUACAAUAAAUAUGUCUUUAGUAUAAAAAACUCAUCGCUUGCUUACGAAGUCAUAUCAUUUAAUUUUAGUGCUAUUUCCCGAUUUGUGGCCAACUAUUUCUUUCAAGUAUUUCUGGCCAUUUGUUUUUGUUUUGCAAGUAAAACAUCGCAAACAAUAAUACCCAAGAGAUUAGUUGGUCUAACAUUUAUCGCACCGAAUAUCAUAUCAUUAAUACCAGCGAUUCCUCCAAUAUUUUUGGCUGUCUCUCCAGUUAUAUCCGCUGCCAUUGCUUUUCUAUAUAUUAUUUUAAAUUUGGUGACAAAUAUUAGACAAAUAUUUAUGACGACAUAUGCAGAGAUUCAAUGGUCGCGAAAUAUUGUCCGCAACUAUGGUCUCUACACUUUACUUGAAAGCCAAUGGAUUAGAUUACAUGUACCACAGGUUUUGCGAGUUUUUUGGUUGACUCGUUUGACAGAACAGGCAGUCUUUCUUUUAGCUGAUUCUACACAUAAGCAAUAUAUGUCUACAGGAAUAAUAGGUCUGACAUUUGAAAGUCAAAUAUUUUGGUCAAAUGUCAAACAAUUGAUGGUUAGGGGCUGUGAAACAAUUGUUGCCGUUUUGGGCAUGACUUCCGUAUUAUCCGGUAUUUCUCAUCAAAUCGGAUGUCUUAUGCAAUCUUUUCUAUUGGUCGAAGAUCCAGAAGAUCGUUCUAUUGGAACAGUUUCUGCCAUUUUGUUUUUUAUAUUAGCCCUUCAAACAGGACUGACUGGUAUGGAACCGGAGAAGCGUUUUCUACGACUUUAUCGCAAUCUUUGUUUACUGUUUACUGCAAUUCUUCAUUUCAUUCACAAUAUGGUCAGUCCAUUACUCUUCUCAUUGAGUGCUUCCCGAAAUAUGUCUAUCAAUAGACACGGCCGAGCAUUGAUAGUAUGUGUAUUUCUCAUCGCAUUUCCCGUAUAUUUCUUGUAUUACUUGUGGACACAUCACGCCGUCUCCACUUGGCUUUUGGCCGUUUCUGCGUUCAGUAUUGAAGUCGUUAUUAAAGUUAUUAUAUCUCUACUAAUUUAUGGUCUCUUUAUGAUCGAUGCUUUCCGUACAUCAAUGUGGGAGAAAUUAGAUGAUUACGUCUAUUAUAUUCGGUCGACCGGAAACUCAAUUGAAUUUAUUUUCGGUAUUUUCCUCUUUUUCAACGGCGCCUGGAUUUUGUUAUUUGAAUCCGGGGGUACUAUUAGGGCUCUCAUGAUGUGUAUUCACGCGUAUUUCAAUAUAUGGCUUCAGGCAAAAGCCGGUUGGAAGACAUUCAUCAAACGGCGACACGCGGUCCACAAAAUCAAUUCACUUCCCGAAGCAUCAGAGGAACAGUUGCGCAACUUUGACGACGUCUGUGCCAUAUGCUAUCAGGAGUUAACCAAUGCUCGUAUCACUAAAUGUAACCAUUAUUUCCACGGCGUGUGUCUUCGCAAAUGGCUAUAUGUACAGGACAUGUGUCCACUAUGUCACGAGACUCUAUACAAUGUCAACGAUACCACUGAUGCCAACACUGAGGUUAACAACGAUAAUAAUGGCAAUAUUAAUGAACACAACGGCGGACAACCAGCGCGUAUCGGUGUUGAACAUCAACACAUCGAUUAAAAAACACCUCAACAGUGAUAUAUAUAUAAAUAUUAUUUCUAA